GAGUCAAUCAGAGUCUGAAACAGGGCGUCCUCCUCGCUGCUUUUUCCUCAUGUUUGUCUCUCCGGAGGAAGGGGCGGGCUCAUCGACACAGCAGAUCCGGAAUUAGAAGGUGUUCGCUCGGCUCUGCUCGGCUCGGUCGGUCGGUCGGUGGGCACCGCGGCAGUUCGGUUCUAACCGACACGAAGAGGCAGAGGAAACAGGAACGGAACUAGCCAAAAAAAAAAACAUUUAAAAACCAAACCAGAAAAGAAAAGAAAGAGCUCAGGGAGGAACCGGGUGGACGGAAAGUGUCGACCGAGGGCGGGACGACCAACCGGGGCAGAAAAGAGGAAUAACAAGAGAAAAGUAGCGGCGAAGAGGGACGAGAUGCCUCUGGCUCAGCUGGCUGAUCCCUGGCAGAAGAUGCCGCUGGGGGGGACGUCUGGAGAGGACGCGCAUCACGAUCCUGAGGACUCGGUGGGCGAGGACGACUCGAUGCCCGUCUGCGCCGAUGAUGUGCCAAUCAAGGAGAUCAGCAUCACUCACCAUGUGAAGGAGGGGUCCGAGAAGGCCGACCCACGACAGUUCGAGCUACGCAAAGUCCUGGGACAGGGCUCCUUCGGCAAGGUGUUUCUGGUGAGGAAGAUCACUGGGCCAGAUGCUGGUCAGCUGUACGCCAUGAAAGUCCUGAAGAAAGCUACACUGAAAGUGCGUGACCGGGUCAGGACAAAGAUGGAGAGAGACAUCCUGGUGGAGGUCAACCAUCCCUUCAUCGUCAAACUGCACUACGCGUUUCAGACUGAGGGGAAGCUCUACCUGAUCCUGGACUUCCUCCGAGGAGGAGAUCUCUUCACGCGUCUCUCUAAGGAGGUAAUGUUCACAGAGGAGGAUGUGAAGUUUUACCUGGCAGAGCUUGCUCUGGCCCUCGAUCACCUUCACAGCCUGGGCAUCAUUUACAGAGACCUCAAGCCAGAGAACAUCCUGCUUGAUGAGGACGGACACAUCAAGCUGACCGACUUUGGCCUCAGCAAGGAGUCCAUAGAUCACGAGAACAAGGCCUACUCCUUCUGUGGGACGGUGGAGUACAUGGCUCCCGAGGUGGUGAACAGGCGAGGACACACGCACAGCGCCGACUGGUGGUCGUACGGCGUGCUCAUGUUUGAGAUGCUGACGGGAACGCUGCCGUUUCAAGGCAAAGACCGGAAAGAGACGAUGACCAUGAUCCUCAAGGCCAAGUUGGGAAUGCCGCAGUUUUUGAGUUCAGAAGCUCAGAGUCUCCUCAGGAACCUUUUCAAACGCAACCCCGCCAACAGAUUAGGAGCUGGACCAGACGGUGUGGAGGAGAUCAAGAGGCAUCAGUUCUUCAGCACCAUCGACUGGAACAAACUCUUCCGCAGAGAGAUCCACCCCCCCUUCAAACCGGCCUCAGGACGACCUGACGACACUUUCUAUUUUGAUCCAGAGUUCACAGCGAAAACACCCAGAGACUCUCCGGGGGUCCCUCCCAGCGCCAACGCCCAUCAGCUGUUCAGAGGAUUCAGUUUUGUGGCCAUAACAGAAGAGGACACACAACCUUUACCCAAUACCAUCGUUCAGCAGCUGCACAGAAGUACAUCCCAGUUCUCAGACACCUACGAGAUUAAGGAGGACAUCGGUGUCGGGUCCUACUCCAUCUGCAAGCGCUGCCUACACAAGGGAACCGGCAUGGAGUACGCAGUCAAGAUCAUCAGCAAGGCCAAGAAAGACCCGACGGAGGAGGUGGAGAUCCUGCUGAGAUACGGACAACAUCCCAACAUCAUCACCCUGAAGGAUGUGUAUGACGACGGCCGGUCGGUGUUCUUGGUGACGGAGCUGAUGAAAGGAGGAGAGCUGCUGGACAAAAUCCUCCGACAGAAGUUUUUCUCUGAGAGGGAAGCCAGCGCUGUCCUCUACACCAUCACCAAGACGGUGGAGUACCUGCACGUGCAGGGGGUGGUGCACAGAGACCUGAAGCCCAGUAACAUCCUCUACGUGGACGAGAGCGGGAACGCCGAGUCCAUCAGGAUCUGCGACUUUGGUUUCGCCAAACAGCUGAGAGCGGAGAACGGCCUGCUCAUGACGCCGUGUUACACCGCCAACUUUGUCGCGCCCGAGGUGUUGAAGAAGCAGGGUUACGACGCAGCCUGUGACAUCUGGAGUCUGGGGGUCCUGCUCUACACAAUGCUAACAGGUUUCACCCCCUUCGCCAACGGACCGGAGGACACGCCGGAGGAGAUUCUGGCUCGUAUCGGCAGCGGGAAGUUCUCGCUCACGGGAGGAUACUGGAACUCCGUGUCCGCUGAGGCGAAGGACCUGGUGUCCAAGAUGCUGCACGUGGACCCUCAUCGGCGGCUGACGGCGGGUCAGGUCCUCCGACACCCCUGGGUGCUGCACAGAGACCAGCUGCCCAAAUACACCCUGAACAGACAGGACGCGCCGCACCUGGUCAAGGGUGCGAUGGCGGCCACCUACUCCGCCCUCAACAGGAACGUGUCCACGGUCCUGGAGCCGGUGGGCUGCUCCACUCUGGCCCAGCGGAGGGGGAUGAAGAAGAUCACCUCCACCGCUCUGUGACCUUUAACCCCCUCCCCUACCCCACCCCUCGACUCUGACCUCGAUCUGACCUCCGCCGGACUCCCUCCCCGCUCUCUCUGAUCCGGUCCGGCGGGACAGACUACUGAUGGACCCAGGAACUGCUAACGCCAAAAAGGAACACCGAGACCCCCGCCCCCCGUCCUGCACCUUAACGGACUCUUCUAUCGGAUCUGGAUUUCUCAGCUUUAGUAUGGUGAUCGACAGCCGGACCGAGCUGUAAUGAAAACCUGUCGCAGAGGCCGAGUCCUCCUGCGGCAUUUUGCUUUGGACAAUCAGCGCCGCCUCUUGGACCCGGAGCGCACGUCAGGACCAUAAAGUACUGUAUUUAUUUACUUCACACGGGGAAAUCUGAACAUAGGAACAUGGUAAUCUAAUGUAUGCAUUUAAAGCGCUAGGAUCAUUGUUAUUAUACUGUCGUCAUGGUUCUGCGUAGCUGUAGAUCCUGUAUUUAAACCUCAAGUAGCCUCUGGGACGACGGCGUCUGCAGAAAAGGACGGAAGCUGUGAACGGUCGUUCGCAGCAGGUUAACGUUCGGAGCGGCCUCGGCCUCGAAGUGUCGCUUCCAAGAGUUUCCUGCACAAAUUGGGAGAGAUAGCAGAAGCAUUUAGUCAAACUUUAGUUCUGAUUGUGUGAUUUUGUGCAUCUCACACUUCCAGUAUUUUACCUUUCAGGUGCAAAAGUCAAAGAACAGAAAGGAAAUCGGUUCGUCUCCGCCUGCAGAUGGUUGGUCCAGAGUGAACGACAGUUGGCGUGUGAAUCUUACAAUCUGUGCGGAAAGACUUUUAGUUGUGGGAAAGAAAUCAAGCUUUUGUCCCCGCAGGUUUUACAUAAACUUAAAGAACAAGACCGGCAGUAUUCUGUGUUUUUCUUAUUGUCAACAAAUCCCACGAACAGACCAAAACCAGCCACGUGCUGCCAUGUCUCACCGCGGUCUGACUUCCUGUCUGUGGCUCCAAGCCCAUUGGUUCCUUCUGAAGACGUAAUUCUCUAAAAACACCUCACAAAUACAUAGUUUUAUUUUCAAACCAGGUGUGUUCCUUCAAACUGGAGCAAACGCUUCAGGGUUCUGGUCUCUUCUGAGGAUUUAUCGACAAUAAGAGUCCAAAUAUUUAAUCUGUAGUUUCUCGCUCAUUAACUCUCAUUGACACAACUCAGAAAAUUACGAGCGAACAGAAACAAAGCAGACUCUUCCUUUACUUUGUACUUUAGGUUUUUAAAGCUGCACAAGACAAGUUUGCAUUUUGCGGCGCCCUCUGGUGGCGACAAGAGGGUUGAAUUCUGACGGUUUGAGACGUUUGUGGAAAAUGAUGAAGAAGAAGAAGUGAUGGCAGGACACACACAGGGGACUGCUCGUACAUUUUACUCCUCGUCUUCUUCUUCUCUGAUUGUAAUUCGGUAGUUGUGCUUCAUGUGACACAGAUUGAAAUUAAUUUAUGCAAAAACAGUGGUGGAAGAAGUACCCACAUCUUUUACUGAAGUAAAAGUACACUUUAUCCAAAUAUACUGAAAGUACCAAAAGUAAAUGUACUCACUAUGCAGAAUGACCCGUUCAGAAUGUUUUACUGGAGCGUACUAUGAAGGCAUUAAUGAAACAUCAUCUUUUAUUCCAUCUGACUAUUUGCUGUUUAUGUUUGGUUUUAAUGACCUGAAGCACCGAAAGCUUUGAGAAAAACACGGUGGAGUAAAAAGUACAUGUUGUCGACUGGAAGGCAGAAAAUGGAGUAAAUGUACUCAGUUACUUUCCGCCACUGGAAAACGUGGAAUGUAAAGCACCUCUCAGGCUGGUCAGACAGCAGAUCUGGUGUGUGUGUGUGUGUGUGUGUGGUGGGGGGGUGGAAGUCUUGUGCAGCUUUAAAUCGUGUCAGUAAAUUUAAAGUAUAAAAGCAGCUUUAACUCAGAGAACGUUGGAGGAGUUUCAUUAAAACAGCAGCAUCCUGUUUCUUCUGUUCCCCCCGCACGAGCAGGAGGAUGUUUUAUUACCUUCUGAAAGCAGGGAGACGUUGGGUAAAGACCUGAACCCGGAUCAGCCUCUGAGCCUCUUCUGUAUGAGCCGACCGAUCGUCUCCGUAUGCGCAGCAGACAGGAGCUGAACUGUAAAAAAAAAAUAUAUAUAUAUAUAUAUAUACACGUCGAGCAACUCAGGUUUCUACGAAUCAAGACGAUGCAUUUUUUCUAUGUCCAGCGGGAGAGACGUGCACGUGACGAGCACACAGUGUGAGCGACGGGAGGCGAGCAGACAUGAACCUGGUGGUCCACGGAGCAAAGACAACCACCUGUCCUUCACAAAACAUACCUGCUCCGGAGGCUUCACUUGUCCCGGUGCAUUCACGGACCUUUAACGUGGUCACGCUGGUGAUGGAGACGCCCUCCUGUCAGCAGAAACCUUUAACACGCUGUAGCAGAUCAAACACUCACUGGUACAUUUACUGACAUUCCAGCUCCUCCACCCGUGAGCAUGAAGAGAUUCACGUUCACCCCAACCACACAAACUUACUGACCAAUCAGCACACGGGUCAGGCACCGCGAGUAAAACAGCGUAAAAGUACUCCAGUACUGCGUUUAAACCGUUGGUAGUACUCGUUCUGCAGAGCAGUGACUGAGGUUGGUGGUUCUGAUGCGUUCAUGUGCGAGUCCAGACUCAUGCAGGGCUUCCUGAACGCACCUGAGGGGUCUUCAGGUGGUUCAUGAGUCCUGCUUCACAGAUCUGGGCUUGCUUUGAGGCUCCAGCAGUUAUUAAAAGUAAAGCAGGCGAGGAGUUUAGAGGAAGUGAAACGACUCAGGGUCACAAACCAAAAAGGCUGGAAACAGCUGAUCUGAUCUUUAACUAUUUAUUGUAUUUUAUAAACAAGCAUCAUGUUUUUUAUGUGAAGUCUUAAUCUGAAAAGUUACGAGUAACUUCAGCUGUAAGGGAAAUAUUUCACUCGUUACUCCGCGACAUUGAUUUAACACUUACUGAGAUGAUGUGAUGCAGUACUGUGCUGCUAAUCUACUCAGUGAUACACAAAGGAUCUAAAACAUUCAGAUGAUCUCACAUGGACAGAAUAUCAGAGUAUUCUCUCGUAGAAUCACAGGAGCCGGUCUGCAGAAUGAGUACUUUUACUUUUGAUACUUUAAGCACAUUUUUCUGAUAAUACUUCUGCUUUUAUUUCAGUAGAAUUCUGGAUGUGUAUUUCUACUUUUAGCAGGAAUUAAAGAACUGAAAGCAGAUCAAGAAACGACUGAUCGGUAAAACAAACCCUGACUGAUCAAAGUUCGGUUCAAGUUUGUUUGUGGUUUGGGUGAACUGGCCCUUUAAUUACAACCCGAGCUCAGUUUCAAAGCGACCUCUUCAAUGAUCGUAUAAUUGUUGUGCAUGUUGAUCUUCACCUCACCCAGCUGGCACAUUCAACGGGUGCUGCAGCGCAUCAAAGCCCUCUGUGCUGGACCGGAUCCCGCAGAGUUCAGUAUUCAGGUCUUUAGUGGUUUGCGAGGUGAAAACCUGCACCUGUGUGCCUCCUCUCACCUGAGUUUUGUCGGCAGGCGGGCUGAAGACAAUCGGCGAGCUGUGAGUGACAGCAGCUUCCUGCCGGAGCUCAUCUGAAUGUCUCCACACAAAGGGAUGAAACGAAAGUCAAACAUUCGCUUUGUUUUAUAUAUAAGAAGAAAUGUUGAUUAUUGCCUCGUCUAUCGAUGUACAGCUCUGGGAUAAAGGAAUGUAAAAGGAAUGAUUUUCUUCUGCUCUCCAUCUUCCUCCUCCUCUUCCUCUUUUAUUUGAUCCUGUCAGAGACGCGUUCAGCCCUGCUGCUACACCAGCUCUCUGUUUUUGUACCUGCAGUGAGAGUUGGACUUUCUAUUAAAAAUAAUAAAAAGGAUAAUCAGCUAAUAAACGCAUGCAG